AUGCAGAGGGAUUCUGGUUCAUGGUACGCCGAUUAUGGGACUUGGUACUGUGUCGACAAAUGGAUGGGCGAACUUACACGAGAUCAAAUCCCACAAGACUAUGAGGAAGAAGUUCAUAUCUCUCAGUUUUGCGGCCGGUUUCGUUACUGUCAUGCUUUGCUCGAACACCACAAUGACCUCGAUACUAGUAAAAUCUAUAAUAUUUUUUACAAAAACUUAUUCGAGGAAUCAACAACAUUCACCCCGUGGGAGAACGAAAUCCCUGAAGAUUUCAAGAUCAACCGCGAUUCCGAAAUCUUUAAUUAUAUUGACUCCACAUAUAGAGCUAAAUGCAACAAGAACAUAGAUAAAUUCUUGAUCAUUGUGAAAUUCGGAGUGUUUAAGAUGAAUUAUGAUACUUAUCAUGACUAUUCCAGCGAUGACGACGGUGAGAUCGAUGAGGAAAUCGGGUUUGUUCCGGCUAGUAAGUCGAGCAUUGAAGCGUUGGAGAAAGUUUUAGAUUUGGGGUCUGAGUUUGAGUGUGCGAUUUGCCUUGAUGAGGGGAAGAUAAAAGCUAAACGCAUGCCUUGUGGGCAUGCGUUUCAUGGCCGAUGUAUUGAAAAAUGGCUAGAAAAGAGUCAUUCGUGUCCACUAUGUCGCUAUAACAUGCCUAUUGAUUCAUGA